UGAAGUAAUUUGUAAUCUGUACUUAGAUUAAAGAUUGAGAAUUUGAGAUUGAGAAUAUAAAAAAAAAAAUAACCUGUUACGCAGCAUAUACCUACGCUAUUAUUGUGCUAUUAUUCUAAAAAAAAUAUAUUCGAUAAAGAAAUAAAAAAUUAAAAUUACGUACUUUAUUUAGCAUUAAUAUAACAGUUUAUGCAUUUUGUUUGACAAAAGGGAUUGUAUUUUAUUCAUAAGAGCUCUAAAUCAAAUAGCUAUGUUUUCGUCGAAAAAGAAUUUCUCGCUUCCAUAUCUAGUAAGAUUUACUUCAAGUUCAUCAGUAUUUGUGAAUAGAAAUCCUAGAAACUUGGAACGUAUGAGAAUCGCUCGCAAACCCGUUGGAUAUCAUUUGGACAAACCGGGACGAUCAUUUUGGCACAAAUUAGUACUCACAUCAACAAAUAGAACGGUAAAAGCCGAACUCGUACAUUUUGCAAAUGGACCAGUCAUUGAAGCCAAAACAUCAGAAUUGGCUCUUCGUAAUCAAUUGUACAGCCUUACUGAUACAUGUGCUUACAUGAAUCUCGGAAGGGUAUUCGCUCAAAGGUGCGUCGAAAGUGGAAUAACGGAAAUGUAUUGCGAUAUAGAAGCCAAAAAAGGUGGUAAAAUUGAGAAGUUUCUAGAUGAAGUCGUCAAAGGAGGAUUGAAAUUGGAAGAAGUUUCGGUAUAUAAAAAACCAGAGCCCUGGGAUCAGUUCAGACCUGAGAAACCUUGGGAAGUUACUGAAGAAUGAGCUUAUAAUAAAUGAAUAUAGGAUAGAUGUUAUACAUUAAGAAAA